UUCGAAACGAAUCAUCCUAAACGUUUUUUCAAGUACAGUUGACAAUAGUUUGAGCCGUGCCGGGUUUUGAUCAUCGGUUCGGACUUUAUCGGGUCAUAUUAGUUUAGGAUAUACGUUUUUUAUGUGACUUUGUGACUCUGUAUCUGUUGAACUAUGAUUUGUGUGUAUCCAAAACUGUAAGUGUAUUUCGCUCUGUUGAUCGUGGUCACUUUGAAAACUUUGAAUCUAAAUUCGAUUCCUGUUUUAUAAAAUCUACAAGUGAUCAUUUAGUCAAAAAUUGCAGAAGAACUUAAAAGAUGGACAAACCGAAGUACCCUCGAAUUCAAUCGUAUGGCAGCAUGAGCUCAGCCAGAAGCGAUGACGAUAUGACAGUCCACAGCCAAUUGUUCCCUUACCCGAAAAAGAUGAUCGUCGAGAGAGAAAUUCUUUAUGAAGAAGAAAACCCUCCAUUUCAACCGUUACUGGCUACCAGCAGACUUUUUGGGAAGUCCAGAUUUACAUGUCUCCUGAUCUUGUAUAUAACCUUCUAUUUUGCGUAUCUCGUAUCUGGUGCUUUGGUCUUCUCGGCUCUGGAGACGCCUUUGGAGAAUCAAGUCUUGUUAGAUGUGAUUCGAGCUAAACAGGAGUUUACUGCGAAAUAUCCGGAUGUUGUUGCCGAUGACCUGGAGACUUUGCUUGAGGAAGUGGUUAGAGCUGGCAACCGUGGCGUGUCUGCUGCUAGAAAUGUCACCGGUGGACCUAACUGGAGCUUCGGACAGUCGUUGUUCUUUUCCUCUACCGUAGUAACUACGAUUGGAUACGGCCAUGUCACACCACUUUCGAGACCUGGAAAGUUGUUCUGCAUGGUAUACGCUCUGCUCGGUAUACCGAUGACACUAGUACUGCUGUCUGCGCUAGUGGAACGAUUGCUGUUACCAGCGACAGCGCUGCUGAGAUCUCUGAACGCCGCGCUUGGACACUUGUAUCGUCCUUUUACGAUCAGACUGGUGCAUCUUACGAUUAUGGUGACGAUACUAGUAAUCUUCUUUCUGGUGAUCCCUGCGGCGGUCUUCGACUCGCUUGAACCAGAGUGGGACUACCUGGACUCGUUCUACUACUGCUUCAUAUCGCUUACCACCAUCGGACUGGGAGACUAUAUCCCUGGCGAUUCUCCGUACCAACCCUACCGACCGCUGUAUAAGGUCGCUGCUACAUUUUACCUAAUCAUCGGCCUGACCUUCCUCAUGUUGACGUUGACUGUUUUCUACGAUAUACCGCAAUUGAAUCUCAGCACUGUAUUUUCUUCGAUGAAGCUCGACGAAGACCCCGAAAAAAUACGGCUCAGUGGCUCUGGUGUGAUGGGCCCCGGGUACGGGAUCGGUGGGCUGAUGAUGAGGGAUGACUAUCACCACCAUGACCAGCGACGUUCAGUUGUCCACAUCAGACCACAUCUGGAUGACAGCCCCAGCCCUGAGGAUACUACACCCGUUCACGCAAGAGACAUCCGAGUACAUUAGGAAUCUUUUAAAAAUAUGACCGGGUUUAAAAUACCCCAAUAACCGUUAUGAUUACCACGUUUUAACAGAGUGACACACACAUAAGGUUUUAUUGAAUGAAAUAUAAAUGUACUGUAGCAUUUGAAUAUAUAAUUUAGUUGCAUUAGAAAUUAUUGUAUUAUCUGUGUCUAAUAAAAUUAAUGUAUAAUAAAAUAAUGUAGUCUUGACAGUUGUAAUGAUAUGCUUGUUUGAAUUUAUGGUAAUUGUAUGGAGGUGGAUAGGAGUUUUUAGUUUUAACUAUUAAACAGCGAACUUUGCUUUUUAUCUACAUUUAUUUCUCACUAUUAUAAUUUUUACUAUGGAUGAAGGAAAAAUAAUUCCAAAUAUAAUUAUUUCAUAUUUUUAAUAAAAAUAGCAAAAAAAUCUCUUAAUACUAAAAUUCGCUAUUUUAGCAACCGUCCUUACAUUUUUUAACGAUUUCUUGUGUUUUUGUAUCGAACUGUAAAAGUAUAUUUUAUUUUGAAUAAAUCGAACUUAGUUCGUUAAAAAGACUGAGGAGGUUUUUUAAAUUUUCUCACUUUUCUAUUUCGAAAUGUAGUUUCUAUAAAUUAGGUGUCGAAACGAGAUAUUUCGUAAACGAUAACUGACUGAAGAACAAAUAGUCUAUCCUGUAUACAACUUCAAAAAUAUUCAAAUCAGCGGCAUAUCAACACUAUCUUUAGAAUAUAAUAUACAAACUUUUUAUAUAA